AGGCAGGCGGGACCUCUCUUUGCUUACUCACUUCAUCACAUUCUGCACCGUUACACCUGCAUUCCGCGCUAUAAAAUGGUCCGAACCAAAGCCGACAGCGUCCCAGGGACUUACAGAAAAGCUGUGGCAGCGUCUGCGCCCCGGAAAUCCCUUGGUGCCAGUUCCUCCAACUCCGCCUCUUCCAGCAGCGGGUGCUCGACGCCUGCAAAGAACAAAUAUGCAGGUGGUAACUCUGUGUGUCCUCGGCCCACUCCUGUGUGGCAGAAGGGCAUUGGGGACUUCUUUGGGGGACCGCCUCGGAAACCUGAGAAGGAGAACCUGCAGCCCACUGUGGAGGACGAGGAGGAGGCGGGAGGCAGCGGGAUGUCCAAAGGAAGCAGGAAAUCUAGACCACUCAUAGUAGAAGAUGAAGAUGACGAUUAACUGCUUAACUGGCCAUUUCAUUUCUCUGGAGAAUUGUCUACGACAUUAAUUUUAAUGUACACCUGUAAAUAUUUUCAUUACUGAAUUCAAAUUGUAUAGUUCAUUAAACUUUUUUAUGCUUUUAAACUGUUGGUUUUUUUAUCAUUUGUAUUUGCACAGUGGAGUCUAGUCAAUAAAUUAAUUGUGCUUCACGGUUACGUACAGCUACAUUUCUGUUUGAAAAAAUAAAAGUGACUCUUUAAACGACAAUUAGUUAUAAUAAAAUUGAUCAUCUAUAAUACUCUGUAACAAUGCGGGUUGAUUUUAUUCCGGUAAAGUAAUAGAAUUGGGUCUUUCCACCUAAACUAGUCAAAUGCAGCAUGUGGAUAUGUGCUAUUCUGUAGGUGGUGGUUUUAUUUAAUCUUGUGUGGCUCAUUUACAGCUGGGAUGACAAGUUUUAUGGCUGAUUUAUCUUUUGGCUUCAGUCUCUCCUCGGUUUCCUUGGUACAAAACCA